UUUUAUUGUUUUGCGGCACAGCAACGUUCUUGCCUCGUGCUCCUCGUGCCUCGUGCUCUGCUCGCUCGCACUCGCUCGUUUCAUCGGAGAGCCAUUUUGUGAGCAUACCGGUACAAGACGCGAAAAACGAGAAAUAGCGAACGUUGACAAAAUGAAUGGAAUUGUAAGGAACACGCUACGCUGCUCUGUGAUCAAGAAUCUAUUCUCGUCUUCCACGAGCACGGGAAUCACUGGCAAUUCAUUAAGGACGCUGUGGAAUGUUUCCCGACAUGCUCAAAUCACACCUCUCGCCACGGUAAAAUCGUUUAGACACGAGCACAUUUCCUGCAAUUGCGGUUGUUGCAGAAGUGCCCACACAAAAGCUGAGAAAGAGCUUGUGGAAUUCCUAGCGGAAGAAAUCAUAGCAGAAAAGAAGGCUCAAAAGCUGAAAACUAUUCCUACCGAACUGGAUGGAUUCAAAGUAUCCCUGAAUGGUGCAGACGUUACGUUGGAAAAGCAACAAAAUAAUGAAACUGUUAGAAUUUCUUUCAAUAUAAAUCAUACGGUAGAUUCUGAUCCCGAACCAGAAAUUGAAAUGACUAGUGACAAUCCAGAUAUUGGAGAUAUGAAAAGUAAACCGACCUUUACCAUAGAUGUAAUUAGAGGAAAUCAAACCCUUGGAUUCACCUGUUCCUUUAACAACGAACCAGGUGCAUCGGGUGCCAAUGAGAACUACAAUGACAUCUUUGGCAUAGAUGAGAUUACCUUGUAUACCGGAGAACACUCUGACAAAGUGUACGCUGUCGCUGGAGAGAUUAUCGAUGGUUACCUUUAUGAUCUGCUGAUGAAUUAUCUCGAAGAGAAGGGAGUAUCGAACGAGUUUGCAGAGAAAUUGGUCGAACUGAGUACGAACUACGAGCACACUGCGUACGUUAGUCUACUAGAAGGCCUUUCAAACUUCACCGCUGGCAAAUAAUUGUUCUGUUUUAUUCCUCCUGUAUUUAUAAUUAUUUAGGCAUAGAUAACGUUUAUGUAAAAAUAUCUUUAUAAUAAAUACAUGUAAUAAUUCAA